AUGGAAACCAGAAAUACUAUCCGAGUCAACUUUGUGAAAGUACCUUCCGAGCUGAAAGAAUUGGUAUCAAAGGUUCCUGGAAAUUCUCGUUUCAGCGAAAGGCACGGUCAUCUACUCGAUUUGGUUACCUCAGGUUUUGAAGAAGAGAUGAUGAGUGUGUUGUUUCAGUUCUUCGACCCCGAGCGUCAUUGCUUCACGUUCCCCGAUUAUCAGUUGGUACCCACUAUGGAAGAAUUUUCUGAGACGCUUCAGAUCCCUAUUGGAAAUCAACUACCAUUCACUGGUUUAGAGAAGAGUCCGAAGCCUGAAGCUAUUGCCGCUGCUUUACACCUGAGGAAGUCUGAAAUUGAGAAAAAUUGGGAAACGAGAAGUGGGGUCGAGGGUUUCCUUGCUAAGUUCUUAAUUGAUAAGGCACGAUCAUUCUCAAAAUCCAUGAGUUAUCAUGCUUUCGAAGACAUUUUGGCUUUGCUCAUCUAUGGCUUGGUGUUGUUUCCAAAUCCUGACCAGUUCAUAGACGUGCAUGCCAUCAAGAUAUUUUUGACUCACAAUCCUGUGCCUACUUUGCUUGGAGAUAUUCUACACUCACUUCACACCCGUACGAUGAAGAAGCGGGGAACUCUCAUGUGUUGUAUACCUUUGCUGUCUAGGUGGUUUAUUUCGCACCUUCCUCGAUCUGUAAUGAGGAAUGACCAAGGCCAGAAGUGGCAUCGGAGAAUAAUGUCGCUUUCUCACUCUGAUAUUCGCUGGUGUUCUCUGUCCAAGGAAAAUGUUGUUAUUAUUGAUCGUUGCGGGCGGUACCCUAAUGUGCCCCUCCUUGGCAUAAGGGGAGGUAUUACCUAUAAUCCCUCGUUGGCCUUACGCCAGUUCGGCUAUGCUCGAAGAGAUGGUAUUCACCACAUGCUUAUACAAGGCAUUGUGUUCAACUAUGAGGAGGAUCCUCAAGGCCAUCGUCAGAAAUUUAUACGUGCUUGGGACAUGGUAAAUAGGAUUGACAGCAAGAGCUUGGGACCUGUGAUUGUGGAGCCCGAGUAUGAAGAAGAUGUUCCUCAGGUUAUUUCUCAUCCCGACAUGCCCACUGAUAUUGAGGAACUGAAGAGGUCUUGGAUCCAAUUGAAGGAAGAAAGGGACACCUUUGAAGCUCAAUUCCGCGCCAAAGAGAAGAAAGUAUUAGAGCUCACAAAGCAACUUCAGGAUGAGCAGAGCAUCAACACAUUCCUUGGGGCAAAGCGCCAACGUCCAUGGGAGACUUGA